AUGUCGAUACUAAAAUCCUUCCUUAAGAAGUUUAAGGCUGCUGAUGAGCCUAAGAAGAAAUCAUUUUCAGAUGGGAUUGAAAGAAACGUCAAUCCAUCUGAUAUAUGGGAAAUUAUCUCGGAGCUUGGAGAUGGUGCAUUUGGGAAGGUUUAUAAGACUCGCAAACGUGAUAACGAGUUAUGUGCCGCCUUAAAGAGGGUGGAGUUUGACUCUGAAGAUGAGCUUGAGGAUUUUAUGGUUGAGAUAGACAUUCUGACCAACUUCAAACAUAAAAAUAUCCUUUCACUACACGAAGUUUACAUAUACGAUAGCAAGCUAUGGAUGUAUCUGGAACUUUGUGGGGGUGGUGCCUUAGAUUCGCUCAUGGAAAAGCUUGAAAAACCUUUAACAGAGCCACAAAUAAGAUUUAUUUCUCAUGAGGUCCUCGAAGGUCUUGGGUUUUUGCACGAGAACUUAAUUAUUCACAGAGAUAUGAAGGCUGGGAACAUUUUGCUAACAGUUAAUUACGAGGUCAAACUUGCUGAUUUUGGAGUCUCAGCAAAGUUGGCAGACGAAAGACAAAAGAGAUCAACAUUUAUUGGAACUCCUUACUGGAUGGCUCCAGAGGUUAUCACUUGUGAGACUUUCAAGGAUGCCCCUUACAACUGGAAAGCUGACAUUUGGUCUUUCGGUAUAACUUUAAUCGAAUUGGCUCAAAUGAGACCACCUCAUAAUUCAAUUAAUCCAACACGUGUCCUUUUAAAAAUUUCUAAAUCAGAUCCACCUGUAUUAUCUAAACCACAUUUAUGGUCUCCAAAAUUCAAUAAAUUCUUGUCACGUAUUCUUCAAAAGGAUCCAAAUCAACGACCAGAAUGUAAAGAUCUUUUAUUAGAUCCAUUUGUAUCUGAUGUAAAGGAGAGUGAUCGUAAGGUGAUCCAAAUAUUGUUAUGUGAAGCCAAUGCAGAUAUUAUAGAGACUGUUGAAGAUCUUGAUCCAAAUGAACCUAUCGAUGAAAUUGAUGACAAUGAGAUAGGUGCACUUAUACUACCAGAUUCAACAAAACUAUCUAUUCCUGUUGAAGAGGAAUAUGAAGAAGAUGAAGAGAAUAAUAGUAAUAAUAAUAAUAAUAAUACGAAUAGUACAGACGAUCAGUCAUCAUCUAGUAAAGAUGUGAAACAUAGCAGCACUGACACUGGUGGUGGUGGUAGUGGUGACAGUGGCGUCGGUCUUAGUCGGGCGAAUUCAGAUGAUCGAUAUGAAACUAACAAAUAUAUUACUCCGUCAAAGGUCACUUCAUCAGACGGGACGAAGGAGGGGAGAAUGCGUGGUUUUUCUGUGGUAGCCAUAGCUCGUUCACGUUCUCUGAGGCAUCAUAAUGCAUUACGACAAGAAACACCACCACUCCCAACAGCAACAACAACAACACCUAUUCCCGAAGUAAAACUUCGUCCAAAAGUAAAACGCUGUGCUACUAUUGCACAUGUUAGUCAGAGAACAUCCGGUUCAUUGUUUACAUUUUCAUCAAUGUACAAGUCUUCUGUUGAAGGCGGACAGUCGGAUCAAUUAGCAGGCGAAAAGUCAAGUUCAACACUUCAGACAACUUGUAAUGACAGUAACAAAGUAGCAAGUACUAGUAUUGCUAAUAGUAGUAAUCCUUUUAAAGUUACUGUUGUCCCAAUACCACUGGAUCGAUCUGCAACACUGAACGCAUCUGUCAAUCCCAAUAAUAAUGAUACUGACAGUAAUAUCAAAAGAAUGUGGAAAACUGAAGUUACUCUUCCAAUAUCACCAUUCACAUAUCGAAGAAAUGCUGUUAAAUGGAAUAAAUUGCAAUCGCUACCAUGUGACUACCAAAACUAUGCAAGAUCAGUUAAUAUGGCAUUGAAGAAUGAGGUUAUGCAGGAAGUAGUCAAUCGAUUGAUUACAGACGUAAUCACAUCUGAUACUCAAGCACCAUCAAUAUCAUCUUGUGUCUAUGAAAUUAUGCAAGAAUAUAGUUCAAGUAUGGAGAAGACACCAAAUAGUACUUUUGCACUUAGUACUACUGAUAAUGAGCGUGUUAUCGAUACAGCCAAAGGUGUUCGUAAAGGAGUCGUACCUCCUAAGGAGGAGUUAACAUCGUCAGAUACUACGCAUAAUAAACCUGUUGUUAUUAAUCAGGCGUUACCAAACCCCUCCUCCUCUUCUUCUUCUUCUUCAAGUGGUCACUCCAAUAAUGAUAAUGUGAAGAUGGUUACAUCACCGUUGAAACGUCAAAAUAGUGCCUAUCGUACAAGAACAAGAACUCGUCGAUUUGUUAUAGAUGGUCAAGUAGUCACUACAACGUCUAAGCAUAUCAUUAAUACAAAUUCAGAAGAAAGAAGAUUUCAUGAAGAUGAACAAGUUAAGCGCAAAGCUGUUCUACGUGCAUUCAGGAUAUUAGCAAAGCAAGAAGCACAUCAAACACGUGAGCUAAAUGAACGUGCACAACAACAAAUGGAUAUAUUAGAAAGUAAAAUGAAUGCAGAAUAUUCAGCCUUGACAAAAUCAUAUGAUCAGAAAAUGGAAGUUGUUAUACGCAAUUGUAAACUACAAAUGGAACGGUUAGAUAAAGAAUUCGAAUUGGAAAUGAAACGAAUUCGAACAGAGACAUCCAAAGAAGAGCGCACAUUUAAAGAUCGUUUAAAAAGUGAAAUUGAUACAUAUGAUCGUGCAAUGCGUAAAGCUGCUAAACGUGAAUUAAAUAAACUUGAUCAUGAUCAUGUAAAAUCGAAUUCACUAGCGUCGUUAAAUUCAAAUCAUUCAACCAACUCUCUGGUUAGUAAACGUUUAACUGUAUUCCGUGAAGAUCAAGCCUCUCGUGUUAAUAGUCGUAUUUAUGAAUUACAUAGUGAAUAUAAUCGACGUCGAAGUGUAUUGCGCAAUGAAAAUCUUAGUGAAACGCAUACACUACGAUUGAACUUUGAAGAAGACAAAUGGAAAAUGGAACAGCGUUAUUUAUGCAUGAAACAUCAGUUGGAUAGAAAUCGUCUAUUGGAUUUAUUUAUGAUUAAACGAGAACAAUUAACUGGUCGAUCAGAACUUGAAUUAACUGAAUUAAAACAGACAAUCAACAUGGAACGCAGUAAACUACAGACUAUACAUUCUAUAGAGAGGAAAAACUUUACAAAAUCUUUGAAGGCAUUAAAUAAACGCAGUAUUUUAACGUUACAACGCCAAUCUCGGAUCAAUUCACAACAGAUGGAUGAAAAUCAAAAGCGUAUAAAUGAAGAGUUGGCACAGCUAGAGGCGAAACAAAAAGCUCAAAGUGAAGCAUUGGAACAAAGUAUUCACUAUCGAUUAAAAGAAUUAGAACAAAGUUUUAUUGAAAAACGUAAUGCUUUAAUUGAUCAAGAGACAGUGAGAUUACAAGAAUUAGAUAUUAAACAUAAAAAUGAAUUACGUAUAUACACUGAAUCAUUACCUCGUACUAAGACUGUAUUAAAAGAACAAUUUGCUCAAGAGUUUAAUGAAGAUUCACUGAAGACAAAUGGUGUUGGUGGUGGUAACAGUUACUCCGCUUCCUCCUCCUACUUAUACGGCAGUCCAAAAUCUAGGCAUAAACAUUCCAUUGCCAGACCAAUAACCAGUUUGGCAAAUAUCCGUUGGGGUGCAGUGUCCAAUUCCACUGCGAAACUUCACGACAAUACUAACAAUGCACCAGAAUCACGUUCCAGUCGUCGCAUCAUUACUUUAUUCUCUCAAGAAGUUAAUAAUAAUAAUACGAAUUCUUUGAGAAAUCUUCGAGACACUAAAUAA